AUGAAGGAACAGAAAGCAGCAAAAGAAGUUCUAAAAUUGGUAUGUGAUGAAAUAGACAAGUUGAAAUUCUCUUAUGCUCAUCCUUACUAUAUAUAUUACACUAGACCAAUUCUUGAGGCCGCAUGUCAUGAUAUUUAUGAGGUUGUUGAUGAGAUUUUAAUGAGAUCCCCAGAAGCUAUUCGAUAUAAAGAUGAGAGUGGGUAUGUCGUUAUAGAGUUAGCAAUUAUAUACCGUUCAGAAGAAGUCUACAACCUUAUCUAUACUAUUGGGGAGCAUCAGAGUGUUUACAGAAUGAUCGAAGAUUCUUCUAAGAACAAUAUGCUUCACUUGGUUGGAAGAUUACCUCAUUUGUAG